UUCCCUGCGCCUCUAUCAUCAUCAUCAUCCUUGCAUCACAUGGCGUGCGUGUUUUCUCAACAUCUGGCAAUAUUUUGGUCGCCGUCAUAUCACUUCCCCUCUUUAAUUCCUGUCUCUAUUCAGCGACUAUCUGCAUCCCACUACCUUUUGGCGCUCACAAAGACAAGCCAUUGUAUGAAGAUAUGAUCAAACAAUAAUUCCAAAGGUCGUCGUCACGCACCCAAACCAGCCACCAUGCCGUCCGGCUCGACUUCUUCUCACAGCCCGCAGUCGAGGGCGCGCCGGAGACCUCACACCCCUACACGAACGAAGCGAGAGCUCACAGGUACCCCAGGGACGGCAUCAUGGACUUCCAGCGUCAUCAACCUCCUCAACACUAUCGUUGGUGCCGGGGUUCUUGCCAUGCCUCUCGCCAUGUCGCAUAUGGGAAUAGUGCUGGGUACGAUUGUAAUAGCAUGGGCAGGCCUAACUGCUGGAUUUGGACUAUAUCUUCAGACACGAUGCGCAGCAUAUCUUGAACGAGGAGCGGCUAGCUUCUUCGCCCUCUCCCAAAUCACAUACCCCAACGCCGCCGUCAUUUUCGAUGCAGCAAUUUCCAUCAAAUGUUUCGGAGUGGGAGUCAGCUACCUGAUCAUCAUUGGGGAUCUCAUGCCUGGAGUGGUCCGCGGGUUUGCCAAUGAAGACCGUCUUUCUCCAUUCAUGUUCGACCGACACUUUUGGAUCACGGCCUUCAUGAUAAUCGUUAUACCGUUUUCCUUCCUCCGCCGACUCGACUCGCUGAAAUACACCUCGGUGGUCGCUCUAAUAUCUAUUGGAUACCUGGUCAUCUUGGUUGUCUAUCAUUUUGCGGCACACGAUACUCUACCUAAUGGUCACUACGAAACCCCUCUACGCGUCUUCAAAUGGGCCGGAGUUGUGCCUGCGCUCUCCUCCUUCCCCGUCAUCGUCUUCGCAUAUACAUGCCACCAAAACAUGUUCAGCAUUCUCAAUGAGAUCGCAGACAACUCUCAUUUCAGCACCACUUCGGUCCUGCUGGCGUCCAACGGUUCAGCCGGUUUCAUCUACAUCCUGGUCGCAAUCACCGGGUACCUGUCCUUUGGAAACGAAAUUGGUGGUAACAUUGUCGCACAGUAUGUUCCGUCAGUCUCUACCACAAUCGGCAAGGCAAUGAUCGUCAUCCUUGUGAUGUUCUCCUACCCGUUACAAGUCCAUCCAUGCCGAGCCAGUGUCGACGCAGUUCUGAAAUGGCGACCAAGCGACAAGUUGAAGGCGAAACUGCGCUCCGCAUCAGCUACACCAAGUUCCAUCGAAUCCAGCCCACCGCGUGACAUUCCUUUGUUGCCUGUAAACAGAAAGCGCAAUACCGAGAUGGGCGAGACUCGAUUCGCUGCUAUAACCACAGUCAUCAUCAUCCUCAGCUAUAUUGUCGCCAUGACCGUCUCAAGUCUCGAAGCCGUCCUUGCAUAUGUCGGGUCGACAGGAAGCACGGCCAUCUCCUUCAUCCUGCCGGGCUUAUUUUACUACAAGAUUUCUUCUCCCGACUCACCUCUUCAUCAACGACUAUUGAAAGAGGAGGACGACUAUGACAACGAAGAUGCAGACGGUGCCAAGUCAGACGACGAGAAUGACGACGGCACAGAAAGCCAGACUCUACUGGCUAACUCAGGGGUUCUGAGUAUUAAUGCUCUCACUCGCCUGAGACACUCGAGGAACUUUCGCCGCAAGCUGUUGAGGAGAUUGAGCCUGGCGCUUGCCAUAUACGGCCUUGUCGUCAUGGUCACCUGUUUGACCAUGAACACCUUCUUCAUUGUGGCACAUUGAGGCCGCUCAAAAGCGAUAGAAUUGUAUCCGCGUUCGGCGAACAUAAACGGCUCCGCAAAGUCCUAUCAUGGAUAUACCGAUGCGACGUGGUUUGCAGCAGUUAUUGUCUGGCACCACUGUACCGUCGGGAUCCGCAAGUCUUGAUGGUGAUCAUCUGCUGGUGCUCUUGUACGUAAGGGCAGACAACUCAGCGAUUGAUCAGGCGGAGAUCCCCUUCAUGCUUUCUAUCAGAAAGUUCGCAGGAAUCGGCAACAUGCUCCCAGCCUGACAAGCACGGUUGACGAUACAUCGAGCUCAGUCUUAGAGGUGAAAAUGGUUUGCGGGCUUUGGUCUGGCAGAGUACCAGAUGCUGCGACUAUACAAUCGUGAUAUUGGAGCGACGGCGUCUGGUGAAGUUUCGACCUUGGCGUCCGGGCUAAGAUCGACUGCGAGAAUCAAUAUAUCCAUAUAUUCAUAAAACUAAAUGCUAUU